UCAGCUUCAGGCACGGAUGAGCCUAGUGACACCUAAGACCCUCAUAUAGCGGCCCGGAUUGCGCUUCUUUUGAUGUGUGGCGAAGGGCGUGCGGGGAGCUUGGAUACGAUUUGCUUUGGGACGCAAAUGUCACUGGCCCCAGGCGUCGAGCACCGAUGGAUCGCUAAGCACGUCAUCUGUGUUGACUCUUUGAUGGCCAUACAAUAAAACAAAAAUCCUUCCUGAUUGUGCAAUAAGCAAGUUGCUUAUACACCUCGGCCGUACUUUCAUCAUUAUAUUGCUCGAGUCUGCCCUGCUAUCCUUUACUCCUGUCCGACUUCGGUAUCUCUAAGGAUACCCUCAGCAGUUCUCAAAGCCCGCGCGUUUCCCUUGGUUCCACCGACCCAAUAGACUGGAUACCACUCGAGCACAAUGACAGGCCCUGUAUCACCUCGCCCCCUGCGGCCACACGAACGUAUCUUGACCAACGAAGACGGCGGCAUCGACACACCUGCCCGUGCUCCAUCUCCUGUUCACCAAUUCGGUACCCUCGCUGUCCACGCAGGAGCGCCUCACGACCCCUCCACUGGCGCCGUUAUCGAAUCUAUCUCCCUAUCUACCACUUUUGCUCAGAAUGCAGUAGGCAAGCCGGUCGGUGCCUACGAGUACAGUCGCAGCGCGAACCCAAAUCGUGACAACUUUGAAGAAGCAGUGGCCGCCCUUGAACAUGCCAGAUGGGCACUUGCUUUUGCCUCGGGCUCAGCAACGACUGCCACAAUCCUACAGUCCCUGGCGGCGGGCUCACAUGUGAUAUCGGUAUCAGACGUCUAUGGCGGAACACAUCGAUAUUUCACGAAAGUUGCGCUUGCACACGGAGUUGAGGUCACAUUCUCACCCUCGAUCGAGUUGGACGUAGAGGAAUUGAUCAGAGAACAAACAAAACUCAUCUGGAUCGAAAGCCCUUCGAAUCCUACGCUGAGUCUGGUCGACAUUAGAAAUGUGGCUACGGUCGCUCAUAAACACGGUAUCCUGGUCGUUGUGGACAACACCUUCCUAUCACCAUAUGUGCAGAACCCUCUGGACCACGGUGCCGAUAUCGUUGUUCACUCGGUCACGAAGUACAUCAACGGCCACUCUGACGUGGUCAUGGGUGUUGCAGCAUUCAACUCCGAAGAACUCAAGGAACGUCUGACAUUCCUUCAAAACGCCAUCGGCGCCAUUCCUUCUCCAUUCGACUGCUGGCUUGCUCACCGAGGUCUCAAGACCCUCCAUCUUCGAGCCCGCGAAUCGAGCAAGAAUGCCAUGGCUGUUGCCACGGCCCUUGAGGCAUCUCCGAACGUCAUCGCUGUGAACUAUCCAGGCCUCGACUCUCACAGACAACGGGCUGUUGCCAUCAAACAGCACCGUGACGGGUUGGGCGGUGGUAUGCUCAGCUUCAGACUCAAAGGCGGUCAUGCUGCGGCUGAGCGCUUCUGCCAGCAAACCAAGAUCUUUACCCUGGCUGAGAGUCUAGGAGGCGUCGAGAGUCUUUGCGAAGUCCCAAGUGCGAUGACACACGCGGGCAUUCCCAAGGAUCAACGUGAGGCUAUUGGUGUCUUUGACGACCUUGUCAGAUUGAGUUGCGGUGUUGAAGAUGCCGAAGACCUUACAAAGGAUGUUCUGCAAGCACUUGAGAAGGCUGUUGUUGGGCCGAAAAUAUCGAACGGUGUCAACGGAGCAAUUAGCAAUCCCAUUUCGAGGAGAUGAAGGAAUCCAGUGAUCGAGCACUUUUCACCAGCAGGCUCUAGACGCCCCCGUUGGUAGAGGCCCUCACCUACAUCUCUGGCAACUUCACCAUCUACCUCUCAACGCAAUCGGGCUUUGCAAUUGUGCAGGCAGCGCCACGAAUACUUACGUUCUUUGGGCAGGCUGAGCGAUGCUCCGAAGUACGGCA